AUGUUAUUGGGAAUUCGUGGUUCUGGACCCGGCACCAUCGUUUUCACCCCAAGUAGCUCAGAGAAGAAGCCCACUGCCAUCGUUGUGAACGAGAAGGGCAACGGCCAACCUGGCUUUGAAAGUGCCUAUCUCCACAAAGGUCCGCGUGUACCGUGCAUCUGUAAGGUCUAUUCUUCAUACGGAUGCAAAUGGUGGGCUAUGCGCGUGGAAGAUGAACGGAAACUGGAAGUCUUUGACCAUUACUGCUUGAGGACCAUCCUUCGAGUGAAGUACAGCGACAUCGCCUUAAAUGACAGUCCGCACUCGUUGCGAAAAUAUCGCAAGGAUACCCUAGGCAAUCUAGAGCUCAGUGUUACUGCGCUUGAUCUGACCCGUUACCUAGUUAGCAACGUCAGCUCAAAAGCUGGCUCAACUCAGUCCGCUAGGACAUGGAAGCGGUUCUUGGAGCUUCGGUAUUCGGUCUCUGGCGAUGGCGAACAGAAUGGUUCGAACUGUCCAUUUCUGCUGCCACGGAUCAUCGUGCGAGGAGAAGCACCGUACGGGACAUCCUCGAGGCCGGUUAGAUCAGUUGUGAUCGCAGCCUCUAGCCCCAACUGCUGCAUCACCCGAGACUCGAACCCGUGA